AUGGCACUGCCUCUUUUCCACCCUCCCGCCUUCAUCGCUCUUCUGGGACAACAGUACUCUGUAGAGACGGAAAGCAGUCCAGCUUGGUGGACUGCAUUCAACGCCGUUCUCGCAAUAUCCCAUCGCAAACGUGUUGAAGAAGGUACUUCGACGGAUAAGGAGCUCAUGUGGAGUUAUGCGGCAAACGCUCUGGAUACUGUUCUCGACAUUCUCCUCAGAGCCACACAACUCAUGUCCGUCCAGGCUCUGUUGACUCUCGCCUGGUUCUUCCUUGGAACCCCCAAUCCUCAGCCCAGCUUCAUGCUGGUGGCAAAUGCCAUUCGUCUCGCCCACUCUAUCGGACUUCACAGAAAGAACUGCGGCACCUCCCUGAGUCCGCUGGAAAGGGCGACAAGAAUCAACGUAUUCUGGCUGGCGUUUUCCCUGGAUAGGGAGCUGAGCCUACGCACAGGCAGACCUCCUGCACAAGACUUCGGCGACUUUGACGUGGACCUGCCUGAUCUUCAACUGCAGCCUGACUUUACCAACAGCAGCUCCAUGCCUGCAUCAUCGAAGGUCUUCUCCGCCGGGACCCGGCUCGCGGUCAUCCAGGCGAAGUUAUACUCAGAGAUCUAUUUGAGUGAAGGCCUCGAGCCAUCAUCCUGGUUCAUCGAGCUCAAAGCGAUCUAG